CGAACUCAGUUUGAGCCCUCCCGGCUCCCGUCCUGGUGCUUUUCCGGUUCUGCGCCUGCGCAGCUCCCUAACGCCUUUCCUCUCUCUGGCACCGGACAAGGUCGUGCGUUUUCAGGAAGAAUUGUCAGCAUGUCUGCUCCAGUUUUGGCAAAACCUCAGCUGCGAGGCCUUUUGGCUAAGCGCUUGCGAUUUCAUAUUAUCGCAGCAUUUAUUCUGUCCUUGGGAUGUGCUAACUUGUAUAAGUUUGGAGUAGCUGAACCCAGGAAGAAGGCAUAUCAGAAUUUCUAUAAAAAGUAUGAUCCUGUGAAAGAUUUUCAAGAGAUGUAUCAGGCUGGUGUCUUUCAGCAUGAAAAAAAAUAAUGAAAUGGUACAGGCUUCAGAGGCUUGAGAUCUUUGGAUGAUUAUUACUCACCUGGUUUUCUUGUGCCCUAAUGUAAAAUACAUGCACACUGGUUGUGGAAUAACUUAAUAAACAGUUAAUGACUUAUAUAUGGUAACUUAAA